ACACAACACAAGCUCAACACCAGUGCAAAACGAUUCGAAGCUCUGUCCGUGGCGGACGCGUUCGGGAAAGUGUUGGUGUAAAUUUUUCAUCACUUGGGAGCAUUCGAAAGCGGAAAAGUGUCUUGCAAAGUGUACCAGCAACGGUGUAAAAAAGUAAUCAAAGUGAAUUUUCCGCGAAAAACGUCCCAAUUGGAGCGAGAAAUGGUUUUCCUUCGCGUGUAAAAUUGUACACACACGCAUACAGACGCGCGGUGGCAGACGAGAAAAAGGUUCCAAUAUUUUCUCUGCAAACUUUUUUUUCGUUGGGUGUGUUGGUGAAACCGAAGGUUUGUGACAUGCGAUAGUGUGCGUGCUGGCGAUUGCGAAAAAUAGAAGGACGCUUCUGAUUGGUCGAACGUUUGACAGGCGCUGGAGAAGAUUUUUAUAAUUUUGAACAAAGUGUGAUAAUUUUCGGUAAAAAGUGUGUUAAUUUGCCUAAAAGUACUGAAAGUGAGCGAAUUUUAGGAUUUUUCAAGUUUGGAGGAUACUUUUCGGUGGUAAAUUGGUGCAUUGGAAAAGUGAUCGAACACAGCAAAGUUGGACAAGAUGGCGACGGCAGCGAGAGCCAAUCAGCGUCGAGCUUCUAUCGCUCGGGUACAGGAUGAUGAUUUUUCGUACGUUUUCGCGUCAUCGUUCAGCAGCAGCAGCAGCAAAAUUUAGUGCGUCCUCGUCGCAGAAGGAAGAACAAAACCCAAGAUCAGCAAGUGAGGAAGAGUGUGUGCAAGAUUUUAGGCUCGCGCGGAAAAAAUCAACCAAAUUGGAGUCCGAGAACAUCUUCCUGACAUGUGUCAGGUGGAAAUUGGUGAAAUUGGCAAAGUGCUGGUGGGAUUUGUCGGAAGUUCCCCCAACGAAAACUGAUUCAUCAAAAUAAGAAAAUACACACCAAAGAAUACAACACACAAUCGUAAGUAACGUUGCUUCUUGUGAGCUGGUGCCUACAGCAGUCACAACAGCGGUGGUCAGGACAUUGUCCAUUACGGCUCCAAGAUGAGCAGUCGAAAGUCUGCAGCGGCAGCUGGAGAGGGCUCCUCUGCCGGCAAACGACGUGGCCGUCCUCCGAAGUCACAAUCAUCCGCAAUGGAGCGACCCAAGAGCAAGUUUCAGUAUCAUUUACUGAAGAAGCCGAAAUAUCUCUGCAAGGACGGCAGCAACGGGGAUUCGCGCUUUAGCACUCCGUCGGCAUCCCGGGCAUCAUCUCCGCAAGGCAGCGAGGAAAGUCGGCCCUCGACAUCCCGUCGAUCCGCUCCAGCGAAGGCACCGCGCUCUGCCAAGGCCGCAAAGGGGCGCAAAUCCACGGGCGGUCGAGGCCGAGGCGGAAACAAUCGGAAAAGUUACACCUACCACGAGUCGGAGUAUCACUAUGGCUCGGAUUUCGGUGACGACAGCGACAAAAGUGACGGUUAUGAUGAUUCUAUGCGAUCGGCCAGCGAUUCCGAGGAUAGUCUGGCGAAUGAAUCCGAGUCGGACUUUUCAAUCCACAGCUUCAGUGCAUCUACGGGAAUCAUCUGUCAGAAGGAGCCUUCACCGGAUCCGGUGUGGCUUCAGGACCGUGACUAUCCGCCUCUAGAGUUACCGGCCUCGUCGGAAGAUUUACUUGUUCCGAACAAUAUCGUAUUGAAAUGUACGUCGAUCUACGAAAUCAUAAGGCGUUUCAGAAAUUUGGUUCGGUUGUCACCAUUCCGGUUGGAGGACUUUGCGGCUGCAAUUAUGUGCGAGGAUCAGAGUCCACUGUUGACGGAGAUUCACAUCAUGCUUCUUAAGGCAAUUCUCCGGGAGGAAGAUUCGCAGCAGACACAUUUUGCGCCCUUGGAUCAAAAAGACAGUGUCAACAUUGCCCUCUAUUUGAUAGAUUCUAUUACGUGGCCGGAGGUGCUACGAAGUUACAUCGAAAGUGAUCCUAGCUUAGAUCAGCAGGUGUUGGAGGUACUCACAGUGAAUGAGUAUCCGUUUGUGGCACCUGAAGAUCGUCUGAAGGUGUUGCAGUUCUUAACGGAUCAGUUUCUAGUUACCACAACGGUACGAGAUGAUAUGCUGCAGGAAGGUCCAAUCCAUUACGAUGAUCACUGUCGCAUCUGUCAUCGGUUGGGUGAUCUGCUGUGUUGCGAAACAUGUCCGGCCGUUUUCCAUCUGGAGUGCGUGGAUCCACCGCUGGUGGAUGUGCCGAGCGAAGAUUGGCAGUGUAAUCUGUGCAAGCUGCAUAAGGUUUCCGGUGUGAUGGACUGCAUUACUUCGCAAGAGAAGCAGGGAAUGCUUUGUAGACAGGAGUUGCUCGGCUAUGAUCGUCACGGGAGGAAGUAUUGGUUCAUUGGCAGGAGAAUAUUCAUUGAAACGGAGGACUCUUCGGAUGUAUGGUACUUCAGUACUGUGAAGCAGUUCGAAUACUUGCUGUCGAAAUUGGAUCCUGUUGAUUUGGAAAUGCAUCUUUGCAAAGAACUCGAUGAGAGGAGAGACGAAAUAAUAAGGCAUAUGACGCUCACGGAGACAAUAACCAGCCAGCAAAAAGGAAAUAAAAAGUCGUACUUUGAACUGGACAAUCAGCGGUUGGAGAAGCUGAUGGAAGAAGAAGGACUGGCGACUAAAGAUGCUGAUGAGAAGAUGGACGUUGACGAUCAGAAAGGGGCUGGCGAUAGUGAAGCUUCUAAUGAGAAGUCUAAUGAUGAGCCCAACGGUGACGAAUCUUCAAGUAAAGAAGAUGACGACUCCAAGGCAUCCGGUGAUAAGCACGUGACGAGGCUAAAGACAGGAUCGUUGACUCCACGGACGUUCAGUAGCGAUGAAAUGAAGAGAAAGAGUUCAUUGACCAAAGAAGAUGAAGAAUCGCGUUUGACACGAAACAAAUUGACCCAAAUAUCAAAUGGAACGUUGCACUUCAAAUUGGGAAUGGAAAAUGGAUUCAAAGCUUACGUGAAUCAGUACUCAAUCAAUCCGAUAGCGCUCAACAAACCACAAAGAAACGAAGACCGGGAUAAGAAACGACAUCUGUCGCACAAAUUCUCCUUGACUCAAGCCUCGGAGUUCAAAUGGCUUGGCGGAGGAAUGAAUAGCACCCAAACGCAGAUCAUUUCGACGAUCAAACAAAGCAUCAUCGCGUUGGAGCAGGCAGUUGCUUCGCCUUUUCUACACCAAAACUGGUCCAAGUUGAGGAAAACCUGGAUUGGAGCUAUCAGUGCCUGUACUAAAGCGAAAGAUUUCGCUCGAAUUCUCUGCAUUCUCCAGGCCUGUAUGAGAAGCGUUAUUUUCGCCAGUGUUUGGCAUGAGCAGCUUGGCCAUACCAAAAUGUACAAAAUAACGUCGGCUGAGCGAGAGGAGAAAAAGAAACUCGAAAAACGAGAAAAGCGAGAACGCGACGAUGAAGAGGAGCGCAACCGGAGCACCUUCAAUUUCGUCAAAUAUUCGCUUGGCCUCAGACAUCAAGUUUGGAAGCAGAAGGGAGAAGAAUAUCGAAUACAUGGCCAGUGGGAUUGGGUCUGGAUGUCCUACAGUCGCAGAAAGGGCAAAAAACCAAGUCGGGAAACUAACGAAAUAAGUCACGUUCUAAUACCGAUUGUGGCAGAAGUGCACAAGAAACUACUGAAACUUGAUUCAAAAACGCAUAAAGCAUAUCAACUGGUGCGUGUUGGCAGUACAGAUCUGGAUUUUAUGACCGGAAAUGAGGCGCUAGACAGUCGAUUAGAAGAGAAAUUCAACCAAACGGAAACAUUCCAGGUCCCAGAAACGUUCGAUGUGAUUGACGUUUCCAAAGCUCUGUCCACACCAGGUGGCCGCAUUUUGUAUCCCAAGAUUGCCAAGACUGCUUCUGUGUUGGAUGGUUUGUUGCAGCGACGAGUUGAUUUGAAAGAAGCCGAGGAACGAAAGAUUGCUAAAGUAAAGGAUGAGGAAGACAUCAGUGUGAAUGUGAUUCACAAACCGGAAACGGUUCAAGCGCGACUUGGCGAAUGCGUCGAAAAACAACUUCAAUCUAUUAUCAACAGUCGUCACAACGUCAACGUCAGGAAUUCGCUGCCACUAAAUAAACAGCCAAUAAAUCGUUCGAACGGCGAACAGGUGGAGCCUUUGAUUGAAAAAAUCCUCCCAUUGCGUUCCAAAUAUCAAGAUGUUAAUGCCGUUGUUCAGACGAACAAGUGCUACUCGUUAGAUUGCGAGAAUGGUUUGUGCUAUUCGCCUUUAUGUCUGCAGAAACAAGCAAUUAAAGACGAACUGUUGCCACUUUUGAAGAAGGUUCAAGCUUUGCAAUCAACUCCGAUGGCAAACCCUACAAUCGCCGGAGUUAAAUCCAUCUUGGAGCAGAAACUGACGGAGUACAAAGCGGAAAAUUUCGAUUCCAUGUUGGCCAACUUCUCAAUGAACAGAUAUCGGUCGAUCCUUGAUGAGUGGGAUAGUGCCCAUAUGCAUCUGAUUGAAUACGACGAACAGUUAAUACAAUCGAUGGCAGCCCCGAAAAUGCCCGAGGAACACAACAAUAACGUGACGAAUGAGGUGGAAAUCAAGACCGAAGAUGCUCCCGAUAUGGUCGUCAAAGAGGAAAUCGUCAGUACGGAAGGUGAACCGGAUUUGAACGGAUCCGAAAGGAUGGACGACAGCUUGAAACUGAACGAGAACUCAAAUUCCAUUUCGGAGAAUUCGUGUGAUGAACCACGAAGCACCCGUCGAGGACGACCACGCAGCAGCAAGAACAAUUCGAUGGUCAUUGAAGACACCGAGGUCAAGGUCAAAGAAGAGGAAGUGAUGAUUCUACCUAAGAAGGAGCAUAAACCAAAUCGUCGGUUUGCCUUACCGUCGCGGUGUGUUAAAAAGGAAGACUCCGAAGACAAGGAACUUGCUCCGGAUGGCAGCACCCGUGUUUAUUCCGUCAGCUCAACCAAAGGAAAGAUUUAUCUCCGCAAAGCGCUUGAACCGGAAGUGAAGGUCAAAAGCGAAACCAAGCCAGCAGCGGCCGUCGUCGGUCCGGUGAAACCAAAGUAUCCCGCUGUGAACUAUUUCUGGACGCGCAAGCAAACUACCUCGAUGAUGGUCUUGCCAAUGCAUGAACUGCUCAAGUUGGCCCGUAACGGUGGUCGCCUGUCAGCUGCCGGUUUCCAUCAUAUGGCUAAAAACAAUAACUCCGUGUGGCCUUAUCCGUGUGCGAGACCCCUGUUCAAAACUUGCUGGCUGUAUCGUACGCUGAACUUGAGCACCCUGUCGGCGGUUGGGUUGCAGUUGCGCAUCAUAUGGACCUGCUUGCGGUGGGACGAUAUGGCCAUGAAACCGGCCACGAGCGACGGAAAGCAUCAGGUCACAACCGAGUCGGAGAUUAUGUCUUUGGAGAUUCUCAAACAUCGAUUCGCGGGUAUAUUCCACGAAAGAAUGCAAUAUCUGCGCCGGAAGGUUGUCAUUCCGUUGGAGCUACCGAAGACAGUUCGCGAGGUGCAAUCCAUUCGUUCCGGGUUGCGAAAACGAAAACGAGCCGAAUCUCCGCAGCAAACCGAACCACAAGUCAGCGAGGAGUGGAUCGACGAAGACAAGCUGGAGCUGUGGGAAAUCAAGUUGUACGGCGAAAAGCAGGAGAAACUUGCAGCAGCACAAGCUCAACAUGUGACCCGUACCAGUACCGGAAAGCUGCCGAUUACCCGACAAACACCUUCAACUUCCGGCGAAUCGUCCAACUCGUCGACGUCCACCACCAGUGGAAACAGUGGCAACAAUGCUUCGACGACAAACGUCCAAAACAAGUCGGCCGUCAUAUCCAGCAAAGCAUCCCGCGAGGAGAUCACCGAAAAAAUGGAACAACAGCUCCGGAUACAACGGGCAGCUCACAAUCAAAAGCGAGCGAUGGAGCUUAAACAGCAAGGUCAAUCGGCAGAUGGUGCCACUCCUCCCAAGCAAACAAUCGUCCAGCGAAGAAUCAUCGUCAAAAACGCCGAUGGUACAACCAAAGUUAUUCAGCAAAAUAUCACCCAGCCAGCACGAGCUUCACCGGCUUCGGCAACGACGGCAGCGACAUCCAGUCCACAAGCCCAACAAGCAAGUCCCGCACCUGCAAAGCCCGAUGGGCCCCAAAAAGUUCAAAUCAUCCGCGGUCCGGAUGGGAAAGUCAGCGUACGUGGUCUCAAUCCCGGGCAACAGCUUAUUCAGACGGCCGAUGGAAAAUUACAUGUGCUUAGCGCUGCUCCCGGAUCGAACCCCGCUAGCAAGCAGGCCAUUGCCGCAAAGGUCGGCCAAAAAAUCAUCACCAAGGUGGCUGCUGGCGCUAGUCCCGUUGCCAGUGGUUCCGUUGUGUCCGGCAGCAAUGUGGUAUCCGGCACAGCAGCCACCUCGGUGACGGUGACGUCUCCUACUGCGGUCACCCAGCCCCAACCACAGCAAAUCCAGGUGCAACCGCAACAAGUCCAAAUCCAACCGCAGCAACAGGCUGCCCCUGUGGUCGUUAGUUCUCCCACGGUUACCCAGCAAAUUGUAAAUAAAUCUCCUAGCAUAGUGGUACGAAACCAGGCUGGGCAACCGAUCAAGCAGAUCAUCCAGAAACAGGUGGUUCAAAAGGUGCAAGCAACCAGUACGACACCACAGCAACCGGUCACACCGCAGAAGAUCAUCAUCAACAAUCAGCAGGGAACGGUACAGAAGAUCAUCACCUCCAGUGGUCAGCUGAUUGCGACUACCGGAAGCCCUGUACAGAAGGUGGUCACGCAGUCCAACCUGCAGCAGUUGCUACAAGGCGCCGGCCAGAAGGUCGUGGUGGAAUCCAACACCGGCCAGAGUCCUGUCCAGACGCAGAAGGUUCUCGUUGCCACUAGUCCUCCUGGUCAGCCAGUACAGAAACAGAUUCUGAUUCAAAAUGCCACUCCUGGGUCUCCCCAGCAGAUCAUAAUCAACCAAGCCGGCGGUCAGAAGGUUGUUCAACAGAUCGUUGCAUCUCCCGGACAGCAGAUCAUGAUCGGCGGUCAACGAAUUAUGAUCGGAGGAGGUCAAAAGAUCAUCAGCAAUCAACCCAUUCAGAUUCAGCAGAAUCAACAGAUCCAACAGAUUCAGCAAAUCCAACAGGUGCAACAGAAGGUACAACAAGUACAUCAAAUUGUAACAUCCACGCCGCAGCCACAACAACCUCAACAAAUUCAAAUACAGAUUCAACAACCUGUUGCUCAGCCACCUCCACAACCACAGCUUCAAACCAUACAAGCGCAACCAGCCCCUCUCACCCAAGGACAAAGCUUAACACAGCAGUUGUCCAGUGGAAAGCUUCAGUUGGCUAAUCUCAACGGACAGCAAGUGUUGAUACGACCACUAGGCAACAAUCAAGCACAAGUCGUAGCUCAUAUCAAAACGCAACCAAAUGGAACCGCGCAAAUCAUUCCCUUGGCCAACGCCGUCGAUCCUCCUCCUGCCCCAGUGCAGCCCCAGACUAUUCAGCAAGUUGUGCAAGCGGCGCCAACUCAGCAAGCAACCAUUCAACAGGUUGUUCAGCAGCCGGUAACGCAAACCACCAUCGUUCAGCAAGCAUUCAACACGUCCGGUGGUUCUCAAACCACGUUCCAACAGUUGGCAGCAGCUACCCAGCAACAACAACUGCAGCAGCAACAACAACAACAACAGCUGGACCCGGUGGAGCAAACUUUGUUACAAGGUCAGCCCCCAGGAACGGUCAUCAAGUGCGUCACUGCUCAGGUAAUCCAAACCCAGCAAGGACCGCGAAUAGUUCUGCAAGGUUUGCAAGGUUCCGAGUUUACGCCCCAACAGUCCGCCCUGGUGCAGCAACAGGUCAAGCAACAGUUGCUCAAAGCUCAGGAAUCGAACGGGAAGCAGGGCGUUCUCGGACCUACUAAAAUCUACCUGGCUAUUCAACCGUCCCAGCAGCAGGUCGUAGCUGCACAGCCUCCGCCAUUGGCACCCGUGCAGAUCAAACACGACGGUGGUACAACCCACAUACAGCUCCAUCAACAAGCGGACUCGACGGUAACAACGACAACACCAACCGUGGAGGACUCGGAACUUCCAGUAUCGGGUUCGCUGACAACGACCAUCAAAACUGCGGCCAGUACCAGCAACAAUGACAAUAAGCCGCAGAUCUUGUCCAACAUCGUUAUCAACGGUAGCAACAACGCGGUCAUCAAUCCGAUGGUCAAAAAGGAGCUUCAAAAGGUUCUGGCCAGCAAUCUGAAUAAGCAGAACGUGAUACGGAUACAACCGCAACAGGUAUCAUCCCCGCAACCACAGCCGAUGCAGGUGGAGGAACAAGUGCUGGAGCAACCGAGUGAACCGCUGGCGGGAGAGGCCAAACCGGCGAAAGAGGAAAACGCUUCCGACGAAGAUGCUAAGACGAGUGAGGAAAAGGAUGAUUCAUUUGUAGUAACCCCGGAUUACAUCCAACAGACAAUCAAAAAUGCCUUAAAGCAGGAGAAUCUGAAUCCGGAGAUUGAGGAGAAGUUGCUGAAUCUGCAACGGUAUCAGGAGAAGCAGAUGAAAACUGACGACCGAUCGGCAGCCAUUGCCUUGCAGCACAAUUACAGCAACAUGAGCUCGAACAGGGAACACCAUCAUCACCACAGCACUCCGGUCAAGUCGAAGAAACGAUCUCAUCGAGGGGAGGACGACGACGACGAGUGGAUGAUGGACACUCCAAAACGACGACCCACCAAAUCCGGCGGAAGUUCUCUCAGUUCGGUUGAGCGAAAGGUUCAUCAUGUUGCUUCGAAGGACGGUGAUGCGCCUGGUUCUACAAAGAAGCGUACGAUCUCACAGAGCGAUGCCUCGAGUGCAUCGGUUGCUGCAUCAGCGGCUGCUGCUGCAGCGGCAGUGUUGGCCUCUGUAAGUGCCGAGUGUGCAGCGGAAAAGGAAAUGGCGGUUCCGUUGGAGACCACGACCACUACGCCGGUUCCCAAUGCUCGCUCGGAAGCUGCUCGUAAGAGCAACGAGAGGCGAAAACAGCAGCAAGCACUGUUGCAGCAACAGCAGAGGCAGAACAAGUUGCAGGCUCAACUGAACCGCCACAAAGAGCAACUGAAGAAAGACAUUCUCAAGAAGCGAUCUCAUCUCGAACGGGAAUUACAGGUACAAAUACAGAAGGAACUGUCCACCGAACUGGCAGCGCGAUGCAAGCAGGAACAGCAACAGAUCAAACAGGAGCACAGUGGGAAGCAGCAUGCAACGGCCGCGGCGACACCGUCGACGCCUGCCGAGAAGGGUUCCCACAGUAAGAAAAGGUCAUCUGCAUCUGUAUCGAAAGAAGACAAAGUUCAAAAGACACCGAAGCAUGCACAAGGCUCGAGCAAAGCGGAGAAGGCUUCCAAAGCGAGCGGUAAAAAGGGAUCGAAGAAGAAAGAGAAAAUUUUAUGCCUCUGUCGAACGCCCUAUGACGAUACCAAAUUUUACGUCGGUUGUGACCUGUGCCAUAAUUGGUUCCACGGGGACUGCGUUGGAAUCUCCGAGGAGCAGUCCAAGGAAAUCGACGAGUUUGUGUGUAGUGAAUGCAAGCAUGCGCGCGAGACGCAGGAACUGUACUGCCUGUGCAAACAACCGUACGAUGAAUCCCAAUUUUACAUUUGCUGUGAUAAAUGCCAAGACUGGUUCCAUGGGCGCUGCGUGGGAAUUCUGCAAAGCGAGGCAGAGUUCAUCGAUGAGUACAUUUGCCCCAACUGUCAGAUUAAUAAUUCGGUCAAUUUUGCCAACAUGAAAUCGCUGAGCGCGAAAGAGUUUGAUAAUCUGAAAAAGUUGAUCAAGCAAAUUCAGCAUCAUAAAAGUGCAUGGCCGUUUAUGGAACCGGUCGAUCCGGACGAGGCACCGGACUACUAUCGUGUAAUAAAAGAACCAAUGGAUCUCCAAAAGGUGGAAAAUAAAGUGAACAAUCAAACCUACCACACCCUGUCGGAGUUUAUCGGCGACAUGACCAAAAUCUUCGACAACUGCCGGUACUACAAUCCGAAGGAGUCGCAGUUCUACCGGUGUGCCGAGAGUUUAGAGUCGUUCUUCGUACAGAAGAUCAAGUUUUUCCGGGAAAAUCUGGUGGAAAAGAAGUCGGCCGGGACGAGUUCUACAUCAACGUCGGUGUAGAGGGCAGCGAUAGGCUAUGCAAGCACAAUAAAGUUUUAUUGUUUGUUUUUUUUAUUCAAUCUAUCAUUGUACCUUUGUAUCUAUUCCACGUAACAUGGCAAUACAUAACGAACCGUAUAGAUUUCCUAAGUUUAUUAAUUUAAUUUCUGAUCCUAUAAGUCUAUUUAUAUAGCACCAUAGAUGGAUAUUUUUUUAGAGUUAAGCCAAAUUAGCGGUUUUUUAUGGCUGGUGGAAGAUUUCAACUGUACAUAUGCAAUUCUAUUGUGAAAUAUACACUCGUGCUAUGAAGUAACUUCUAACCAUCACCAGGGAAUAUUACUGAUGGAGGCGUGUAAAUAAUUUGAAUAUUUAAAUACGAAAGUGUACAGCUUUACAAAUGCCUUCUCCACAAACGACAAACAUUCAUCAUCUCUAAAACAAGCACACAAAUGCAGUGAAUUUGUUCUCACUCCCCAUAUCUAUUACGUUUUACCUAGGAAAAUAGUGUUAUGUGUAUAUUUGAUUUUGCUAAUGUAAUGUAAAUAACAAAAAAAAUAUAAUUAUCGAUUAUCGUUAAAAAUUGUUGAUAGACACUUAUUUAAAGAUGUGCACUUUUUUUUAUUAGGUACAUUAAUCUCUUACACAUAUUUUUUUUCUACACAUUAAAUUUUACGAUCAUUGAAAAGUACAAUACAACAACUGUACAGUUUUCCUCUUUUGAACCAUUCGAAAUUUAUACAAUGAACCGGGGAAGAGGUUGAGGGAUUUUGUUUGUGUUUUAUGCCUAUAUUGCGAUAUUUUUUGUAACAUAAGAUCUUCUUUAAGGUGAUUACCCUAGUGUAGUAAGAGUAGACGCGAUAAUAAUGAGAAAAUCGUAGUUGUGCGCCGUGUUCUCGUUGUGAAUGAGAACACUCGCUGUAAGGAAUUAGAUGUACUAAGAGCUCUAUAAUUAUUGUACACAGAAAACACACCUUUUAUUGUAUACAUUUGCAGAAUAAAUCAUUUAUUUUCAAAAAAA